AUGAGGGUGGGGGUGGGAGCGUUAGAUCGGACGGUUCGUACUUUCAGGUUUUGCCUUGAGAUUAAUUUUGAAAGUGGUAUUGAUGCAAUUUAUAACUCAGAAAAGAAUCAAAAUGAAAAGUAAGCAGAAGUCAAAAGUUAUCUCGUGAUUCGUCUUGUUAUUUUGACACGAUUACUUACAGUAGCAGCUAUAUCGAAUGUUCACUGCACAAAAUUAAGUGCUGGAUUGAUUACACUUACUCAACUUUAUUCUGAGCAAAUGUCAACACCAGUUGUCAAUCUUUCGGGAAAGAUCGCUCUGAUUACAGGGGCCACAUCUGGUAUUGGCUAUUCGACAGCAUAUCUUUUUCAUCAGCUUGGGGCAACGCUUAUUGUAACCGGAAGAAGUACUGAACGAUUAAAAGCGCUCGAAGAACAGUUGCAAGAUGGAAAGGGUCCGGUUCUGGCCAUCGCUGCAGAUCUUACAAAAGAAGAAGAAAUCCGAGGUCUCGCUAAAAUGGCUAUUAACAAAUUUCAUACUCUGGAUAUUUUGGUAAUGACUUUCCGUUUUGAUCAACUGCAUGAAAAGAAAAAUCCGAAUAGACUUAGUCGGCUAAUUCCAGUGUCAAUAAAAUUGUGUAGAGUCAACAAUGCCGGUAUCAUUGACAAGGGUACGAUUGAAGAUACAACACUGGAGCAGUACGACCGAAUAAUGUCAACGAAUUUGCGCUCAAUGUUUUACUUGACACAACAGCUUAUUCCACAAUUGAUUCAAUCUAAAGGUUCUAUUGUGAAUGUGUCCAGUGUUAACGGGAUCAGAUCGUUUCCGGGUGUGUUGGCGUACAAUAUAUCGAAAGCUGGGGUCGAUCAGUUUACACGGUGCACUGCGCUUGAAUUAGCACCAAAAGGCGUACGUGUUAAUUCAGUGAAUCCCGGUGUCACGAAAACGGAACUUCACAAACGUAGUGGUAUGGAUGAAAUAGCUUAUGAAGCGUUUAUCAAGCAUUCCGGAAGUACUCAUGCGCUUGGUCGCGUAGGUAACCCAGAUGAAGUAGCAAAUGCGAUAGCAUUUCUGGCAAGCAGUGCAUCAUCAUUUAUCACUGGGGCAUCAAUUCCGAUUGAUGGUGGUCGCCACGCCAUGUGCCCACGAUGUAAACAUCAUCGUAUUGUAUCAUUUAGAAAUAUUGUUUCACAUUGCUGGAGUAGGGUUUCGAAACAUUUGCUGGCCGUUUACAUAAGUCGAAAAGGAAAAUUUGUUGCAGUAAGACCAGAAUCGGUGGCAGAAGGUACAACGAUUGAAAAUGAAAACGAAUUCGUUAUGGGAAAUUCAUAUGAUGAUUCAGAGGAGAAUGAAUAUAUUGUUGCAAGUCGUUCAGAACCGGUAAUAUUUCCGAUUAGACGGCAAUGUGAGGAUUCUAUCCAACGGAGUAGUAAUCGUCGGUUGAUUGUUGCCAAACGUUGCAACAACGCGCGAACCGAUUCGGUGUCUGCAAAUGUUACAAGAAGGAUUAUAUCACCGAGACGUUAUUCUCCAGGUCCAGUUGAUUAUAGGAUGUUAAAUACGUCAUCUGUUGAGAAAAAGUCAUGUUUUUCUCCAAACGACACUGACCAUGAACAGGACAAUAAUAUAGCUGAGAUGACCGAUAGUCCUGUGUUUCGUGCAAAGUUUAUCAACACGAUUGCUGAUGUUCCACUUGCUGUAUUAAUGCGUAAUGGACCGUUAGGUUUGAGUGCUUGCGACAGGCCACCUAUAGUACGGCUUACGGGACGUUCGGCAUCCUUCUCAUUUAUCGUGGAUUUAACAAAUCUUGACAUUACAGAUCUCAUUUAUGAUGGAUUAGAUGGUUGGAGCUCACGUGGAUUGGUUUCUAAGUUUUUCUUCAAUAAGGACAAAACAAAAUGUGCUCAGGGAAAGCAUGAAUAUACAAUUUUGCGGAAAGUUUUGAUCCAUCCACAUACUCUACCUUCAAAUUCUGUCCGAAAAGUGAUUUGGCAUGUGAUGAAAGGCAAUGAAUUUUGCAGAUACGCACUAAUUUCCUACAAUAUCACCAAUGAUGCGGUGCUAGACAGCCGAGCUUUUGUAUUGGAUAACGAUAAAAUUGUCAAAAUAGAAAGUGCAAGUGAUGAAUCCUCCAGAGUACAAAGAGUUGAUGAGAUAUCUGUGCAUACCGCUAAUCAAAACGUCACUACUUUGGAUGAACUAAUGUGUGAAGGUGAAGAGGAUGGCGAUGACAUCGAGUUUUAUUUUGCGGGAGGAGUGGAAAGUCUCAAGCGACAAAUGGAAGAAAUUCCGGAAUUGGAUGCAGAAGGACUCUGCAUGAUCACAGAUGCACCGGUAUUCAUGCAGAAAUUUGUUGCGACACUGGCAGAUGCACCAUUGGAAUUAUUGAUACAAGAGGAUGAGUUAGAUGCAUCCAUACCAGUAUGUACAUAUGUCCCUAAAAUCAAUCUUUAUGGAGCAGCAGCUUGUCUCACUUUUUUAAUUGAUACGAAAUGUUUCCCUGUAUCAGAUAUCAGCGCAGAUAAUCUUGGUCAGUGGAACGCUAAAGAUGGACGUCGAAUGAGUGUUCGUAAGUUCUACUACCGAAUAAAAAGUAAACCAGACGGAGUAGAACAAGAAUAUUGUAUAGUUCGACGACGUUACCUGCAUCCUCAUUGUAUCCCGAAUAAUUCCAUACGGAAAGUGAUUUGGUUAAUCAAAAAAGAUGAUGAAUAUUGUCGGUACUCAUUAGUUUCAUACUAUAUCGAAGCAGAUGCUCACGUUAUGCAAAUACCUCAUGGUAAUUCACGCACUAAUCAGAAAAGCUAUAUUCGAACGUGUCCAAGUGAAGUAAAGAAGCGUUCAUGUAACAUAAAGCAGGAAGAUGGAAUUCUUACAGAUGUGCCGAACAGCUCGAGAACCAUUGUGUUGCAAGAACCGGAUUAUAGAGUGGGUAAUGAAGUGGAUGUAGAAGCGGAUGAUGUUUCGGAGAACUCUGAGGUGGACGUUGACGGUAACACUCCGCAGGAAGGUUGCAGUCCUGUUGUUCAGGACACUGCCAUAUCCGACAGCGAAAUGGCUCAUAGAAUAAGUUUGGUAACAACUAGUAUACCAUUUAACUGUACAUAUAUCAAUGCCAUAACCGAAUUACCAGUUGCUUUGCUUCGACGAGUAGAAAUAACACCUGAUAUUGCAUCAGUAAAUUGUGCAGUGCCUCAGAUUCGAUUGAUUGGUCAAGCUGUACAGAUGUCAUUCAUUGUCGAUACUUCACAAAUUCCAUAUGUGGAGUGGAAUUGGGAUGGAUUAGGUGCAUGGAACACAUCACGCGGUAACCGUGUAACUUUGAGUAAAUAUUGUUAUGACAUAAAUGACAGCAGGUGUGGCACUAAAGGAUAUGCCUACUGUGUUAUCAAGAAAAAAUAUGUGCAUCCGUAUUCAGUACCACCCAGUGCUGUGCGGAAAGUUGUUUGGCUUAUUAAGGAAGCUGAUGGCGCUUAUAACAGAUACAUGUUGGUGACAUAUAAAAUUGAACAUGAUGCCGUUGUCACAAUAAAGAAAAUCCAACAGCAAGUAGCAUCAGAACAGCGAAUUCAACGAGCAUCCGUUCUUACUGAUGAAACAAUUUAUGAUCAGAACGAAAUAAAUCACGAAAUUGCUCGAAUAACGAAAAGUCCCGUAUUCCUGAAGCAGUUUAUCAAUAAUGUUAAUGAUUUACCGUUGGAUAGUUUACUCGAGCCAGAUCAAAUUGAUAUUCCAGUGUGCGAUACAGUUCCUCACAUAGCAGUAUUACGUGAACCGACCUGUUGUCCGCUGCAGAUGACAUUUCUGAUUGAUACAGAAAAAGUAGCAAUAAGUGAUCUUAGCGUUGAUAAUUUAGGGCAGUGGAAUACAACACAUGGCAGACGUAUGACUCUUCGGAAGUUUUACUUUUCUCGUGAUAGACAACGUUGUCUUGAAGGGAGUCAUUAUUUUACAGUCAUACGGAAAACCUAUGUUCAUCCAAACAGUAUACCUGAUGGAAUGGUUCGAAAAAUAAUAUGGCAAGCCUGUACAGCUGAAGGAUAUGCCAGGUACGCGUUAAUUUCUUAUGAUAUCGGUAUAAACACCGUAGUUGAAGCCAUACCACACGGUAAUUCGAAACGCAAUACUGCUGUUUAUCAACGCAAAGAACCAAGCCUGAUUGCUGAAAUGAAACGUGAAAAAAUUAAACGAUUGAGCGAAAAAAACUCUCUAGAAUCGGAGGAUGCCUUUGUAAACUUGAAGCAUGCUCGAUUAGGCUCUUAUGUUGGUACUCCUUCAAGUGUCACACUGUAUGAGGAUGGCAAUUAUGGAGAAGUUGAGGACGCUUAUCCGUUAACACAUGAAGAAUUGAUGAGUCGUAUGGCACUUCCCAGUUUACGGCGCUUCACACGACCUUAUCAUAAUGACGAGCCAUUCAGUGUGGUUUUCCUACUGGAUCAAAACGUAGGCAUUGUACAGUGUGCAUCGUGUGGCGUUGAUUUUUCACGGCAUCCACAGCCUCCAGAAGAUUUAGUUUUGGAACAUGUGGAACGCUUCUGGAAUCAACGAACCUGUACGUACUCCAUCCAUCAAAUGCAAAAGAAAUAUAUCCAUGCAAGAUUGGAAUGUGUCUUAGCGCGAUAUGAAUAUUUUACAACAUUAGAUUUCCUUGUAAUAUCUGAUGAUGUCCGAAUGCGCCUAACUAAUGUCCAUCAACAACAUCUAAGUAUUGAAUUUGGUUGUUCAUUUGAAUAA